CAACGAGAGCAGUUGAUACAGUCCGACGACAACAGUUUUUUCUACCCCGUGUCUGAGUCUGGAGUUGUUUUGUGUGUAUAACUAACGUGGGUAGCAGCAAAAGUCACACCAUGAGACAUAAUUACAACGCGCUUCUGCUGGCAACGUUUGUGACAUGGUCGGGGGUGUUGUGCAGCUCGGCUUGGGGAACCACAGAGGGCCAAGAGACUCCGCUUGCGCUCCCCGUGGCAGAGCAGACCCAGCCCACUACGGCAAUUCAAGGAGAAGUUUGGGAGGAAGAUGACCACGAAGUCCUAAUAAGGAACGAGCGCGGCACCAAGAGCGAUGGUUUGUCCUGCCGAUAUGGCAAGAAUCCGUGGACUGAAUGCGAUACAAAAACGAACACUCGCUCGCGAACCUUGACACUGAAGAAGGGAGAUCCGGCUUGCGACCAAACACGCACCAUUCAGAAGAAAUGCAAAAAAGCAUGCCGAUACGAGAAGGGAUCCUGGUCGGAGUGCGCAACGGGACAGAUGACUCGGGCUGACAAGUUGAAAACGAGCAGUGAUCCCUCCUGUGAAGCAACGCGCGUGAUCAAGAAGAACUGCAAGCCUGGCAAGUCCAAGGAUAAGAGUGCCAAAGAGCAGCGCAAGAACAAGGAUAAAGCCGCUCGCAAAGGACGUGUUUAAUUGAUUUCGAAAAUCAAUAAUAAAUUUCGAAAAUCGAUCAUUUCAAAUGCCCCAUAGCCCCGUUGGUUUGCGUCUCUCAUAUGUGAGGCGAAUACUUUAAGUUGAACCUGCCCAGUUUUUAAUAUAUUUGUAACAAUGAGAAACAGAAUUGCGAUUUGCGAUGGCACCAAUUGCCAUGCCAUGUCUGCUAUGUAUACCCGAAAGGCAUGGGCAUAUUGAUUAAAUGUUGUAGUUUGGUUCUCAGCAAACGAUACACUUACACUUAAUAUUUAACGACAGUACGUUCAAUUGUAAAACAUAAUAGCAACUUUGCGGAAUUAAACGUAUUUAUGCAACGCAGAAUAAAGGAUAUUCAUACAAUACCAUUACCAUUACCACUACCACUACCACUACCAUACCUACAUAAAUACCUAAUAAUUUAGUUUAUUCAAGAAACGGGAACGAAAACAAAUACAUAAAUCCAACAUCCCAGUCUUAAUAGAGCAUUCUCUGAAAUUACAAAAACUGGAGGGGCAGUUGCCUUAUCGGAAUCAAUAUCAAUUCUUAAACGCAGCCUCCAUUCGAGUGACUGUUCAAGCCCUUUCCAUAUAUUUAGAGUUGUUCUUCAUUGAAUUUUACAUAAUAAUAACCGUAAACCGUAAAUCUAAAAAAUAAAACCAAACAUUUAAUCUGAUUAUUGAUGUGACAUUUUGGCAAGUAUCAGCUUCUGUAUCAGAUCUCAAGUAAAAACAGAACGGUAUCAAAUUUGUCAUUCGCAGAUAAUAAAUUUAACACUUAGUGUAAAUAUUGUAAAAAUAAAAACAAGAAUAAAAAGUAAAACCUACUAUAGAAGGAUGGAACACGAGGGAGUGGACAUUGUAGGCGAUUGGCAUUUUAAAGUAGUUUACAGCUCACUUUCACUGAAUACUGAAUAAUUAAAGUAAACCACAUUUGGGAACGGGAUACCAGCUCCCCGGAAACUCCCUUAAAUUAAUAUACAGUCGAAGUACCGACACACACAUACAUACAUAUUCUGAUCAAAAAUUGUACCAUCUCAAAGACAUGGUUUAUCUUUUUAAUAAACACAUAUAAACUUAGAACGUUACUACGACUUGAUGUAAUUGUCUGUAAGCAGUUUUACAACCAUACCCAUACCCAUAUCCAUAUCCAUACCCAUACCGAUACCGAUACCAUUCACAUUCACACUCACAUUUACACUCACGGCAUGCUCUAUUCAUAAACACAUCAUCGUUAGGGGCAGAAUUCGGCGAAUCUCUUUGUUCCACAAGGAAUCUGAGCACAAGAGCAACUGCCCCGAAGUAAAGUGAAAUUUGUUUACAUACGUAUACAUGCAGACGCAUACAAUAUAAGAAAAAGAAGUAACUGAACUUUAAUAAAUACAAAUAUUAUGGAA